AAAACUUCUCAAUCCCUAAAAGGUUUCUUCCAAUUUCGCAACUACGCUUCGCUCUUCUCCUUCACAACAUCUCCCUCCUUCCUUCCUUGCAGCUUCUCUGAAUUUCCUAUAUUCCUAAUCUGAACAUUCUUCCUAUAUUCCUAAUCUGAAGAUUCUUCCUUCCAAUUUUGUGGGCCGUUUUGAUCAUUUUCAGAGAAUCUCUUCUGUUUUGUUCUUAGAUAACAACAAUAAAGAAAACAUGGGAGCUACGAAACUUUCGGGGAUGCAAAAGCAAGUCCUGAGUCUAUACAGAGGAUUCCUAAGAGCAGCUCGUUCAAAGCCAGCAACUGAAGACAGGAAGAGGAUAGAGAUGAUUGUCUCAACGGAGUUUCGCAAGAACUCUAAGGAGGUUGACCGUAAGAAUUUCCAGUACAUUGAGUAUUUGCUUAGGUUAGGGCAUAAACAACUUGAUCAACUCAAAAGUCCUGAUAUGGUUUCCAUCUCCUCUGUCAAGAUCAACUAGUCUCAGUCUUAUUAUGCAUCCCAGGUUAUAUCUCAAGUGAUCAUAUUGUUAUGUAGGAUCAUAAUAGAUAAAAACAAAGAGAUGAAACUGUUUCCAUUUUUCCUCUAAAGUUUCUUAACAUUGGUUAAUAUGUUGUAUGAUAAUGCAUAACUUGAAUGACUGUUUCAAGUUCCAUUUAUUAAUAAAAGAGGUGAUUACAAUUGGAAUAUAUAUAGAUGAGUUUGGAGAUUUGCGAACAUUCAACU